AUGUCUCGCCGCUACGAUUCCAGAACCACCAUCUUCUCCCCCGAGGGUCGAUUAUACCAGGUCGAGUAUGCUCUAGAGGCCAUCUCCCACGCCGGAACUGCCAUCGGAAUCCUUGCCAAGGAUGGCAUCGUCCUUGCUGCUGAGCGCAAGGUUACAUCGAAGCUGCUGGAGCAGGACACAUCUGCAGAGAAGCUCUACAUUUUGAACGACAACAUGAUCUGCGCCGUGGCCGGUAUGACUGCCGAUGCGAACAUCCUGAUCAACUACGCCCGACAGGCCGCUCAACGAUAUCUCCUCACAUACAACGAAGACAUACCCUGCGAACAGCUCGUCCGCCGACUCUGUGAUCUUAAGCAGGGCUACACUCAGCACGGUGGUCUCCGACCAUUCGGUGUGUCAUUCAUCUAUGCUGGCUGGGACCCCCGGCGGCAAUUCCAGCUCUACCUCAGCAACCCCUCUGGGAACUACGGUGGCUGGAAAGCAACCAGCACGGGUGCCAACAAUGCGAGCGCACAGAGUCUUCUGAAGCAGGAUUACAAGGAGGACUGCACGCUGGAAGAGGCAUGCGGCAUGGCGGUCAAGGUACUUAGCAAGACCAUGGACUCGACAAAGCUGAGCAGCGAGAAGAUCGAGUUUGCGACGAUAGGCCAGACCGAGGAUGGCAAGAUCUACCACCGACUCUGGAGUGCAGAGGAGAUCAAUGAGCUGUUGAAGAAGAAUGACCUGGCCAAGCCCGAGGAUACUGAGGAGAAAUAG